AUGGCGCCGAGGUUCGAACACGGUACCUUUGAAACUAAUACAUGGACAGAUGCUGAGACUUACUGCAGAACAUUAUCACCAUCUGGUACAAUAGUACAAAUAUUUACUUCCACUCAAUAUUUAAAUCUAAAAGCUGCCUCAUUAAAUCCCACGGGAAAAAUAUGGCUUGGUGCAAAUAACUUUGCCUCAUUUUUGGAUAGCCAAUGGCGUUGGCUGGACGGAAGCGUAUUCGAUUCAACUAUUAUUAACUGGUGUGCAGGGAGUACAUCUACGUCCCCAGGUGCACAAUGUAUGGCGUAUAACAGCGCUACACAAUGCGUGACAAAUGAUAAUUGUAGCUCACUUUAUACAUAUCCUUGUGCAGUCGCUGCAAAAUCGACAGAUAAUACUGAUUGGGUUAGCUACAAUUUACAAACCUGGCAGAAUUAUUUUUUGGCAAAUGGAUUUAGUGUUGGGUGUGGAACAGUCAGCUCUUAUUGGUUUACAUACACGUUGCUAUUGUUAAAUUGGUUGAUUUUACUUAGUCUAAUACUCUACGUUUGUUAUCGUUUCUUGAUUGACAAACGUCGUUUAAUUAUCUCAUGUGUAUUGAUUACAAUAUCAGCAAUAUUAAUUAUUGCAUUUGCAAUACUAUGGGGACUACAAUAUCAAAAUGUUCAGCCAAUUGCGGUAGCAAUCGUAUGCCUUGCUUGUACAGCCGCAUUGGUUUUAAUGAUUGGUAUAUUGAUAUUGUUAAUCAAUCAGACCAGAAUUCAUCGAUGGAGCUACUGUUUAGCUAUUGGCGUAAUUACAUUCAUUGUUGAAAUUUUUUUAAUGCUCGGUUUAAUAUUAUGUAUGGCACAUUGUUCCCUUUACAUAACACUUCCAUUUACUCAAUUAGAUCACGGUACAAUAAUGGCAAUAUUAGCUGCAAUUAUAACGGGAAUAUCAAUUCUAUUUUUAGCCUGUAUUCUAUUUUGUAUCGCUGAAUCUUUUGCACAAGAUCGUGUACACGCAAUAAAUUCGCAUAAUACGGCUAAAGUUUCAAAAACAGUUGUCGUCACAGAUCUGCCUCGUGCACCACAUCAAAUUAAUACACAUGUUAGCACAGCAAAACGAACCGUCGAAGAACGUGCAACAUCUCCGGUUGACGAACGAAUAUUAAAAGAAUUUUAUAACGAUAAACCAAAAGAUACACAUAUGUAUGCAUUAGAUGGGAGACAAUAUGUUGUCUAUGAAAAAAAUAUUACUGAUAUUGAUGUUUAUAGAAGAGAUUUGACCCAGGCAAUGUUAUUACAGGAAAAAGAGGGAUUAAAUGAAGCUGUAGAACGAGCUAGAGCCUCUAUUCACGCAAGCUCAUUGACAGAUGAAAUAAACCAAGCACAAAGUCUUCUGGAAAAACUUCAUUAG